AUGCCGGACACAUAUUUAGAUGCCGAAUCUGAAGCUGCUGUCGAGGUCUGGGCUGCAGAAGACUCCAUCAUCAACGCGAGCGCUGCUUGCCUCCACACGAUGGCAAGGAAUUCCAAGUGGAAGAUCCGCCGAUUGCAAAGCAGAUGCAAGUACGACUAUUUUGCCGAGUGGAAGUUCGGCAUCGACAACGGCCAACGCGACAGCGUGAAUGGCUGGAGUGGUCAGUUCGGCGAAGGCAAAGGGUUCAUCGUCCUCUCUGUCAUCGACGACGAGAAGAGGAAGAUCGUCUGGCGGAGCUACACGUAA